AUGACGGCGCGUAAAGUGGGGUGGGAGGUGAUGGGCUGGAAAGAGAGAGGUGAACACACUGGUUUAUAUCAAGGCAUCGAACAGGGAGUCGAGAACAUUGAUGUAUUGGGAGGAAACGCAGGAUUCCUUCAUGAUGGGACCAGAAAGACGGUUCAGAAAAUUCUCCGCUACCGUCCAUCCGCGGAUCGCCAGGUCCUUGGUAAGAAAGCCGCUGAAUACCUGAACACUUUAUUGGUGGAAGAUGCUGUCAAAGAUAUGAGCGAGGAGAAGCGACGACAGGAUCACCGGGAACAAUCCAAGACGGGCAAGGUCCGCGCGGAGGUUCGACAUCAGAAUCGACAAAUAUGGGAACGAGUGUGGAACCGAGAGCCUGGACAAGUGACCGCGGGUUCACUCAAGGGCAGUCUACAAACCUCCAAGGCUGCGCUGGCACGCGUUCGACCGUGGCAAUUGCCAAAGGGUAAGCGCCAGACAUGGGAACCUCUCGCUAUCUCUGCAAAGAAACGAUAUGUAGUCCCCAAGACAAUCAGAGUCAAGACGGUCGAGGUGAAGACAGAUCGGAAGGGGAAGCGGUCGAGCCGAGUUGUGAUCGAAGAGGGCAGAUCUCUGAAGGACAUGCCAUUCCGACAGCGGGCACUUCCCCCUAAAGUACACCGUAUAGUCAGUGGUAACGAAAGGGCUCGAAAAUUAGUGGUGCCGUGCACUGUGGGACGGACCAGCGGCCGU